CGCCAGAUGUGGGUCACGGUCGGCGCACCGAGAGCUCUACAGUCGGCGACUUGCCUUAUUAGGAAGUCCCUGUUAGGCCUCAAAACGGCUGUAUUAGUAACCUUCGUAACGUCUUUGAGAGCUUAUUUCUCCUGUUGCAGGGAAAACAUUAACAAAUAUUGUCAUGGGGAAGUUAAAUUUCUUAGAAAUAUUUCUAGGAGACUCCGUAGACUGUCCCCAGCCGGUGUUGAUAAUAUCAUAUCAAAUCUGCUUCAGACCCCAGAAAACCUCCUACUCCCACUAACCCUAUCUACAAACUUUCAUAUGCAGAUUUCUGUAUAUCAAGUUAUUCAAGAUAUGGGAAACGAAAGUCUAAGAGGCGAGCCCUUACAGGACCAACCGGACUCUUCACCUGAAGGCCAACUUUCGGUGUACCAUGAUAAUGGUACCCCAUCGACUACUCUGCCGAAAGGUUGGCGUUUCUGGGCAGUUUUCUCAGCUAUCUGCUUCACUACUAUACUAGCAGCCGUCGAAUUCACCGUAGUCUCAACAGCUCUCCCAUUUAUCACCCGUGAACUUGCCGCCAGAGACCUAUACGUUUGGUUUAUCAAUGCGUACUUCCUGACAAGUACCGUGUUUCUGCCCCUUAUCGGCCAAAUGUGCGAUCUCUUCGGCCGCCGAUGGAUGAUGAUAGCAGUCGUUAGCCUCUUUGUCCUCGGUAGCGGCAUCGCUGGCGGAGCGAAUAAUGCUGCUAUGAUGAUUGCUGGGCGCGCGGUACAGGGAAUAGGGGGCGGCGGCGUUAAUCUCCUUAUCGAAUUAGUGUCCGGCCGGAAUGAGUCUUCAAUAGUCGCACACCCGCUGCGACUUUGA